AUGAAUGCAACAAGCAUCAUUAAUCGCGAAAAAAGAAAAAGACAGGAGGAAACAAGUCAUGUUAUUAAGAAAAAAUUCAAGCAGUGGAAUAUGUUAAAUUCUUUGGAAGGCAAUAAUCAGAAUGGAAUUGCGUCCACUUCGUUCCGCACGAAGAAGGUACAUAAAAAUGAAUACACACAAGAGGGCGUAGACAAUGUAUCAAGUAACCACUGUGCAAUGUACGAUGAACAGAUUAGCUUGGACAAAGCAACUUCCAGUGGAAUGAGCUCGUACACUCAAGAUGGUAGUGCCCUUCUUCAUGUAUGUAAUAAUCCCGACAUGAGUUGGACCCACCCGAACGAGUCCCAGUUUUAUUUGGAUGUUGCUGUGGGAAAUGGACAGGAAGUUUACCCAGAGCGUGGGAAUCAGGACAAGCAAGGCUUGGAGAAUGGUCGACACGGAAACGGGGUGAAUAAACUGAAGAGAAUCCGGGGAAAAAAACUCACCAGAGGAGAGAUCAAGGGUAAUGGGAAGAAAAAAAAAAAAAAAAGAAGGGAAUACGGACUGGGUGAUAGCGAUAAGGAUCAUAGCGGAAGAGACGGUGGAAGCCGCGAUGAUGAAAUUUGUAGCAGGCGGUACACUAGCAGUCAGAGCAGCGAGAGCAGAUGCUACUGCAGCCCGCCUAGCAGUAGCUGUAGUAGCAGCUGCUGCGGCAACCGAAGUAGCGACUACAGUGAGAGCCAUGGCAGCUACGGCAGCUCAAGCCGCGCCUCCAACCGAGGCAGAAACCACAAACGCAGAAGAGCCAGUGAAGGGAACCAUAAACUUAGCAGCGGCGAUUCCCUAUGGGAAGGACUUCUAAAGAAAGACGUAAUCCUUCUCCUAAUACAAGCCAUAAAAAAUAUGGGCUAUAAAAAAUCAGCCAAAUAUUUGGAGUUAGAAAGUGGUAUCGAAUUGGAGCAACCAAUAGUGAAAGAACUACACAAGAAUGUCCUAGCAGGGAAAUGGAAAAAUGCAGUGCGUAACUUGAAAAGCAUACGUGUACAUAAAAGAAUCAUAAAGGCAAUUUCGUUCCUACUAUAUGAGCAAUGCUUUAUAGAGUACCUAUAUGAAGGGAAGUACUUUGCUGCUCUGAGGUGUCUAAGAAACAAGCUAGCCAAAUUUUGCUUCGAUGAGGAUACCUACAACAGAUUACACGAGUGCACAACAUUUUUUAUGUCCAUGAAUAGUGCCCACUUGACAAAAAAGAGAAAACAAAAUUACCAGACAAAGGUUAAGAAUUCACGUAAAUUACUGUUUGAAAAAAUGAAUCGCUUGUUACCUGAACACAUUAUUCUUCCUCCGAGGAGAUUAGCCAUUUUGUUGCACCAGUCGCUGAAGUACCAGGUGGACAAUUGCUUGUUCCAUAAUAACUUCUCUGAGGCGAAGCUCAUAAGUGCGCUCUUGCAGGAGAAGAAGGGACGCGAAGAGUUGGACACCGCAAACGCGAUGAAUGUGCAAAAUGGAGUAAGUGUUGCAGACGUCACGGACUCAGCCGAUCCGAACGCCAAAGCGCAUAAAAUGGCGCGAGUUAAGCCGACCACCUCUUACAGCGCAGCGUGCCAAGCCAAAAUAUAUGAAUUUAAGAAACAGAAAAAAUCAGAUGACAAUAACGAAGUGGACAGUGGCACGAAGUCAUGUGUAAAUAAAAAGAAGGAUGGCAAGGACGAGGAUGGAGUGAACUUUUGUGCAAGUGAGUUCUCUAGGUACCACCAGAACGUGGGGAGGGAGUGCUCCAUGUAUUACCACAAGGCAAAUCCGAACAGUGCCCAUGCAGACUUCGGAGGAUCAGACGCCUAUGUCGGGGUAGAGGACGCGAGUGAGGAUAAGGGUAUUCCCUGCGGACUCACCUCCAACGAAACGCUGCUGAAUGAUCCGCCGCCAGAUAAGCCUGGCAACUACACAAACACGACUACCCUCCUUUGGGACGACGAACUCGUAGGAGAAAACCAGUUUAACGUAACCAGUGGGCAGCCCGUAAGAAAGAGCACAAGGCUCAAGUCUGCGCUGCUACCGAGAGAGGCAGUAGCGGCGCGCUCCUCGCCAGGCGAGGAGGGCCACACGUCGCUGACGGGGGGCAGCACGAGCAGCAGUGCGCAUGUUAGUGCCAACGCCAAAAUGACCACCUCGGCCACACUGCUCGCCAAACCCUUCCCCUGCCUCAAGGAUACUAUCAUGAAGAGCGCCAAGUCGACAGCAUGCAGAAAGUACGCGAAGAUAGCAAGUAGCGGGCCCAAAAUAUGUACCCUCAAGGGAUCCACCAGUGAACAUCAGAAGGGAGAGAUCACCGUGGGGAAAACUCCAAGUGAGCUGUCCGUUGGAAAACACAAAAUCCAACAAGGUAGUAGGAUAUCCCGUGCUAAGAAUGUGAUUAAUUCGAAGGACAGAUUUGUUAGUGCACAGGAGAAGGGACUCUUAACAGGGCAAGAUAGGGGACACGAAACUGACAGAGCUACUACAAAGGGGGACAUGGCGCCCCUUGGAGGAUGCGUGGGUGCAGAAGAGACACUGCACUUGAAGGAGGGCGAGGAUUAUCGCAACGUACACCCAGGGGAAAAAUACGAAGAAAAAGAAAUGCGAGAAGAAAGGAGAAAGGAAUUUACCCGACAAGACAGAACUCACAGCAGCAUGUGCGAGGAGGGUGGCAGAAAAACGUUUACAUUGUCAUUGCUAAAAAAUCACCAAUGUAAAAAAAUAAAGCUACCGUAUUACUGCAUCAAAAUUUUGCAAGGUCAUAAGGAUGAGGUGUGGUACGUGAAUGUGUCGAGGAAUGGAAAGUACAUUGCGUCGGCAAGCAAAGACAAGAGCAUAAUUCUUUGGAAGGGACUUUACCCAUUUAACAAGCUAAGGGAAUGGAAUGGUCAUUUGGACGGAGUGAGUUACGUCAUUUGGAGUCACAACAGUAAGUACCUAGUGUCUGGUUCGAACGAUUCUAACAUUAUCAUUUGGAGUCCAAAAAGUAAUAAGAAGAAAUUAAGCCUGACAAUGCACAAUGGGCCUAUCACAUCGAUUUACUGGUCCAAGGAUGACUCUACAAUCAUAUCAUCUGCCUUCGACAAAAAAAUAUAUUGCACAAAGUUGAACAGAGAAUUGAAGGGCUUUUCCGUCCUGUACGUGUGGUCGUUUAGCACAAGGAUACAGAAUUUUGUUUUCACGAACAAUGAAAAGUACUUAAUUGCAGUUCCAUCUGAUAAAAACGUACGGGUGAUUGAUUUUGCUAUAAAAAAAGAGUUAUACAUUUUGCCUGAAUAUGAUACUAUCACAUCUGUGUGUGCUUCCAGUUUGUAUAAUCAUAUCCUGGUAAACAUAGCCGACCAGAGACCCACUGUGAAAUUGUGGGAUGUGAAGCACAGGUACAUUAUUCAGACCUAUCGAGGACACAAGCAAGGGAGGUUCAUCGUGCACUCCACCUUUGGGGGUAAGAAGGAGGAUUAUGUUAUUAGCGGCAGUGAGGACAGCUUAAUAUAUAUUUGGCACAAAACCAAGGGUUUUCUUCUGGACGUGAUAAAUGGGCACGCGUCCACCGUGAGCAUUGCUAUAUGGCCGCUGGCGAGCUCCAAGUUCCCCUACAUGGUGUCUGCCUCGGAUGACCACACCAUCAUGGUUUGGAACGUGCACCCGAAGGCGACGACUAUCCGCAGGGAUUCCCGAAGGCGCCGGAAAAAGUUCGUCCACCCCUUCCUGCGCGAGCUCAGCAAGUUGCGCCCGAUCCUGCGGUGA